AUGGCAUCUGGUCGCCUGAGGCGUCCACCCUCCACGCCGCUAAUCUGCUACCCUGUGUUAGCGGGGACUGGCCAUACUGGCUAUAACACUGUCUACAGCGUCAGCACCCAAUGUGACAAGCUGGCGGGUACUCGAGCUCACAGAGCAUCUGGGCAUGGCCUUGGGCGUAAGCAUUUGCCACAGAGAUUUCUUAGAGAAGUCUCUGAUGUGGUUCUGAGGGGAUCGACUCAGCUCCCUCCAUCUUUGUCUCAGACGCUGCAACCAACCGCUCGGGAAGAUCAACGGCCUGGCCAAGACGGGAUUCCGGUAGACGAUCCAUUGAAAGGAGCUCCGCAAAAAGCCGAGCGUCUUUCAUUUGAGCUCUGGGUGGGGUGCAAAGAGGACCAGUUGGAAUGUCGUAGGCGACUCGGUCGGAAUUGA